AUGCCUCCCAAGCGAAAGGCAUCAGACAUUGGCAGCGCAAGAGCCUCGAAAAUAUCCACCCCCAAUCCUGCGACUCCGGUUAGCCUUCGGAGCGAAGACAAUGACGAGUACUUGUCAGGGUCCAACAAUCAGUCAGAUCAAGAUUAUGUGAGUGGCAGUGAGCAGGAACAUAUCAAUCGUUUCAAGAAGAAGACGGCGUUCAGCUCCUACAGCAGCAAGGCGAAGACCAAUAGAGCAAGGCCUUCGAUAUUUGGAAGCAAAGACUUCUCUUAUCUAUCUCUCAAGCCAGAUCAUGACAAUCGACCUUUAUGGAUAGAUCCCAGUGUCUCAGCAGGCUCGAAAAAAGGUCCCAAAAUCACGUUAGAAAGCUUUUCGCCUCUUGCUGCACAAGCAGAAGAUUUUCUCAUCACCGUAGCUGAGCCACAGUCGCGCCCCAUAUACUUACACGAGUACAGAUUGACCGAGCACAGUCUGUAUGCCGCUUUAUCGGUAGGUCUGUCCGGCCAGGACAUUAUCCGUACACUAGAGAAGCUGUCUAAAACUCCGUUACCAACCACUGUCAGUGAUUUCAUCAACAGACAUACAAAGUCGUAUGGCAAAGUCCGAUUGGUUCUUCGAGACAAUCGCUUCUUCGUUGAAAGUGAGGAGCCUACAAUCAUCCAGAUGCUCCUGAAAGAUCCCGUCAUCGAAUCUUGCCGGAAAGAAGGGGCAGAAGUGGUACAAGGGACUUUGGCCAACAAAGCUGUUGUCAUAUCUGGAACGAGUGAUGCUCGGGGUGCAAGGCAGACUGCGGACCAACCAGGGCAAAAUACGGAAGCUCCAAAGGAAGGUAGGGAGACAAAGGAAGAUGAGAUCAUGAAGGCGUUACGGGAUGAAGAUGACGAGGAGGAUCCAUCAAAGCAGACGCAUAGUUUUGAGAUUGGACCAAAUACUCGCGAGAAGGUUGCGGAGCGAUGCCUUGAUAUUGGCUACCCAGCACUCUCCGAAUAUGACUACCAGAAUGACCGGGUGAAUCCCGACCUGAAAAUUGAUCUGAAACCUCAUACGCAGAUACGGAGUUAUCAGGAGAAAGCAUUGAGCAAGAUGUUUGGCAAUGGCAGAGCGAAAAGUGGCAUCAUUGUCUUACCAUGCGGUGCUGGCAAAACUCUGGUUGGGAUUACCGCCGGCUGCACGAUUAGAAAAGGCAUCAUCGUCCUGUGUACAAGUGCAAUGUCCGUCUUUCAGUGGAGUAAUGAGUUCAAGAAGUGGUCCGACGUCAAUUCUGGUGAUGUGGCAGUUUUCACCUCAGGGGAGAAGGAGAAAUUUCGAGGCCAGACAGGCGUCAUUGUUUCGACAUACUCUAUGAUUUCUCAGACACGCCAACGAGCCCAUGACUCAGAAGAGAUGAUGAAAUGGAUUACGAGUCGAGAAUGGGGUUUGAUGAUUCUUGACGAAGUACACGUUGUUCCUGCUGCCAUCUUCCGCAAGGUUGCUGAAAACGUUCGCGCCCAUUGCAAGCUUGGCUUAACCGCCACUUUGCUUCGAGAAGACGACAAAAUCACCGAUCUCAACUACAUUAUCGGUCCAAAACUGUACGAAGCUAACUGGAUGGAACUAGCCGACCAAGGCCACAUUGCCAAAGUCCAAUGCGCCGAAGUCUGGUGUCCUAUGACCAUCGAGUUCUACCAAGAAUACCAGAGCCUCAGCUCGCGCAAACAAGCCCUCCUCUACAUUAUGAACCCGACCAAGUUCCAGGUCUGCCAGUUUCUCAUUGACUACCACGAAAGGCGCGGCGACAAAAUCAUCGUCUUCUCGGACAAUGUCUUCGCCUUGAAACAAUACGCUGAAAAGCUGAAGAAAGCCUACAUCUUCGGCGGCACAGGCCAACAAGAACGCAUUCGCAUUCUCGAAAACUUCCAACACAAUGAUGCCGUCAACACCAUCUUCCUCUCCAAAAUCGGCGACACAUCCCUUGAUCUUCCUGAAGCGACCUGCCUGAUCCAAAUCUCUUCUCACUAUGGCUCCCGCCGGCAGGAAGCGCAGCGACUGGGCCGCAUCCUCCGUGCCAAACGGCGUAACGACGAGGGGUUUAAUGCUUUCUUCUACUCUCUCGUUUCGAAGGACACAUCCGAGAUGGGCUACUCCGCCAAACGCCAAGCCUUCCUGGUCGACCAGGGCUACGCCUUCAAAGUGAUCACGCAACUCUCUGGCAUGGAAUCCCUGCCCGGUCUCGCGUUUAAAACCUUAGAAGAACGCCUCGAGCUCCUCAAUCAUGUCCUACUGCAACAAGAGACGAACGCCGAUAUCGCCAACAUCGAACAAAUCGACGAAGAUUUGUUCUCUGGAAGGAGUGGCGCCUUGAAUAGUCACGGAAAGAAGAAGGCGUUAGUGCGCCGCCAAGCGGGCAGCCUAGCGGAUCUGGCUGGUGGUGGUCAGAUGGCAUAUAAAGAACAGAAUGUCAGUCGAAAUAAACAAUUGAAGAAGGAUCGCGGGCCUCAGAGUGAGUAUUUUAAGAAAGAGGCUAGGGCAAGAGAGAGGAGGAGAAAGGCGAGGCAGAAGGAACAAGCUGAUGCUGCGGGGGUUGAUUGA